GGAGACGGGGCGGGACGGGAAACAGCCUCACAGUCCCAUCCCUCCAGCCCUGGGCUCCUGAGGGUCCCCAGCGGUCCCCUGUACCCACAGCCCCAGGGCUUCUGUUGGGGCCUCCCCUCAACCAACGUGACUUGGUUUCCCCGGGGAACUCCCCUACCUGCCCUCUGCCUGGCCUGGAAGACCACAGAGGACAGCUAGGUACAGACAGCACAGGCGCGCUGGAGUCAGCACCAGCCAGCCAUCUGCGUCUGAUGGGGUGCUGACUCCCUCGCCGCGUCAGGCUCAGGAGCCAUGUGGCCCAAUGGCACCUCGCCGGGAGCCUGCUUCCGCCCGGUGAACAUCACACUGCAGGAGCGACGUGCCAUCGCAUCGCCAUGGUUCGCUGCGUCCUUUUGCGCGCUGGGCCUGGGGUCCAACCUGCUAGCGCUGAGUGUGCUGGCUGGGGCGCGGCCCGGCGCGGGACCCCGCUCCUCCUUCCUCGCUCUGCUGUGCGGCCUCGUUCUCACUGACUUCCUGGGGCUGCUAGUCACCGGCGCCAUCGUGGCGUCGCAGCACGCCGCCUUGUUGGACUGGCGAGCCACUGACCCCAGCUGCCGCCUGUGCUACUUCAUGGGGGUAGCUAUGGUGUUCUUUGGGCUGUGUCCCCUGCUCCUGGGGGCCGCCAUGGCCUCUGAGCGCUUCGUGGGCAUCACACGGCCCUUCUCACGACCCACGACCACAUCGCGCCGUGCCUGGGCCACCGUCGGGCUAGUGUGGGUGGCGGCCGGGACGCUAGGGCUGCUGCCACUGCUGGGGCUUGGCCGCUACAGUGUGCAGUAUCCCGGCUCCUGGUGCUUCCUGACACUCGGGGCACAGCGUGGUGACGUGGCCUUCGGGCUCAUAUUCGCACUCCUGGGCAGCGCGUCCGUGGGGCUGUCCCUCCUGCUCAACACCGUGAGCGUGGCCACACUCUGCCGCGUCUACCACACACGCGAGGCCACGCAGCGCCCGCGGGACUGCGAGGUGGAGAUGAUGGUUCAGCUCGUGGGCAUCAUGGUGGUAGCCACGGUGUGCUGGAUGCCCUUGCUGGUCUUCAUCAUGCAGACCUUGCUGCAGACACCGCCUGUCAUGAGCCUCUCCGGACAGCUGUCUCGGGCCACAGAGCACCAACUGCUCAUCUACCUGCGUGUGGCCACGUGGAACCAGAUCUUGGACCCCUGGGUCUAUAUCCUCUUUCGCCGGUCUGUGCUCCGGCGCUUGCAUCCCCGGUUCAGUUCACAGCUCCAGGCUGUGUCCUUGCGCCGGCCCCCAGCCCAGGCCAUGCUCAGUGGACCCUGAAGGACGGUGCCACUUAAACCUGGGGUCCUUGGUGACUGCCAUUGACCUGUGCCCUGCCCCAGGAGCCUGAGUGCUUGGUGGACUAAGGACAGAGCCACAACGGGGCUGACGCCUGUCAACUGCAAAGAUACCUCCUCCAUGCUAGGGAGGUCCUCCCUGGCCCUCUCCCCAGACUACUCCCUGUCAGCCAGGAGGCCGGGGGCACAUGUGGGAGGCCCCUGGCAGGAAUCUAGGAUUCCACAGGGAGAACCUGAGGUGCUGGAGGCAUCUCCCACCUUGCUAGCGUCCAAGUCUGAGACACGGGACUUCACAUUCCUACAAGCACAAGGGUCACCGACCUUGGGUGUUGGAAGCACCUACUCUGGUCCCUGUAGCUGGGUCUGGGUUCACCAACCUCUCUAGUGUUUCCUGAGCCUCCCUCCUCCACGGCUGUCCAACACACACACUCAAUAAAUGGUUGAAUGUCCAG